AUGGAUCUCCAGUUCGUCAACUUGCCCUUUCUUCUCUGUUCUAUCUUGCUCCUCAUAACUUUACGGGAACUGAUAUUGAGAAGUCUCAGAAGCGGCGGAGAGAAAAAGCUGCCACCGGGGCCGUGGAGGAUUCCGAUUAUGGGAAGCGUCCACCACCUGGGUGGCUCCCAACACCUCCACCGGCGAUUGAGGGAGCUGUCGGAGAAAUAUGGGCCGUUGAUGCAUCUUCAGCUGGGGGGAAUCUCAACGGUGGUGGUUUCAUCUGCAGAAGUUGCUAAGGAAGUUUUGAAGACAAAGGAUCAUAUAUUUGGUCAAAGGCCUUAUCUUGCUGGUUCUGAUAUCGUGUUUUAUGGUCCUUCUAAUAUCGUCUUGUCCCCUACUGGAGAUCACUGGAAGCUCCUCAGAAAGAUUUUCUCUCAUCAUUUGUUAAAUGCCGCGCGAGUAAGAUCUUUCCGAUCAGUUAGGGAAGAAGAAGUGGAGAGUUUGAUGAAAUGUUUAUCUGCAGAAGCCGGCUCUGAAGUGAACCUCACUGAGAAGAUUUGUGCUACGGCAUGUCGGAUUGCUACAAGGUCAGCUUUUGGAGAGAAGCAUAAGGGCCAAGUAGAACCCAUUAUCUUGGUCUGCAAUAUGAUUCUCAAGUCACCACAUGGUAUCUGCGAUCUGUUUCCUUCUCACAAGUGGCUUCCGGCGGUCACCGGAGUGAGGCGUAGGUAUCUGGAGCUUCAUCGGAAAAUUGACCAGGUUCUGGAAAACAUCAUCGCCGAUCACCAUGUGAUUUGA